UAUUCUUUGCAUCUUUUCUCAUCCUCUCUGGUUUGCACAUAUCAGUAGAUUUCAAAAAUACUGUAAAUGGGGAAUUGCGUCUCGCUCUCGCUAUCGUCUGAUCAAUCGAUGAAUAAAGUCUGUCAAUGGCUAGAUGUCAAAGGAGGUUAUGUUCACAAUCUUGAGAAGAAUCUUGCAACUCUCGAGACAGCCAUGGAAGAGCUCAAGGCUAAGCGGGAUGAUUUAUCAAGAAAGGUCACAAGAGAGGAAGAUAGAGGUCGCCAAAGGCUUUCCGAGUUCAAGGUAUGGCUUACUAGAGUUGAGACUUUUGAAAACAGAGUCAACGAGCUUCUUAGUGCUAGAGGUAUUCAACUUCAAAGGUUGUGUCUUUGUGGGUUUUGCUCUAAUAGUUUAAUUUCGAGCUAUUGUUAUGGGAAAAGUGUUUUCUUGACGUUGAAGGAAGUUGAGAAACUCAAAAGUAGGGUUUUCCAAGUGGUUGUUGAGGAAGCUCAAACAUUAGAGGUGGAGGAAAGACAACUUCAACCGAUAAUCGUUGGUCAAAAGGAGAUGCUGGAAAAGGCAUGGAAUAAUCUCAUGGAAGAUGGAGUUGGAAUCAUGGGUAUGCACGGUAUGGGUGGAGUAGGGAAAACAACGCUUCUCGCACAACUCAACAACAAGUUUAGUGGCCUAAGGUGUGGAUUCGAUUAUGUGAUUUGGGUUGUGGUGUCUAAAGAGUUACAAGUAGAGAAGAUUCAAGAUGAAAUUGCUCGGAAAGUCAAUCGUGUUGGAGAGGAGUGGAACCAAAAAUCCAAAAGCCAAAAGGCUGAUGUUAUAUACAAUUUCUUAAGGAAAAAGAGAUUCAUCUUGUUUUUAGAUGACAUAUGGGAAAAGGUGGAUUUAGUUGAGACUGGAAUCCCAUUUCCAACAACACAAAACCGAUGUAAAGUGGUGUUCACCACUCGUUCCCUGGCUGUUUGUGCAUACAUGGGGGUUGAAAAUCCAAUGGAAGUCAAAUGUUUGGCGGAAAAUGACGCAUUUGAUUUGUUCCAAAGAAAGGUUGGCAAAAUAACACUAGGAAUCGAUCCAGAGAUCCCUGAACUUGCAAGAAAAGUUGCUAAAAAAUGUUGUGGCCUACCAUUAGCAAUCAAUGUCGUAGCUGAGACCAUGUCAUGCAAGAGGACGGUUCAAGAAUGGCGUUGUGCGAUAGAUGUUUUGACUUCAUAUGCUAUUGAGUUUUCCGGUAUGACAGAUAAGGUCCUUCCGUUUUUGAAGUAUAGCUAUGAUAAUGUUGAGGAAGAGCAACUCAAGUUGUGUUUGCUAUAUUGCGCUUUGUUUCCCGAGGAUGAUAGCAUUCCUAAAGAAAAAUUGAUUAGCUUAUGGAUAUGCGAAGGGAUUAUAGAUGGAGAUGAAAGUAUAGAAAGAGCUGAGAACAAGGGUUAUGAGAUAAUUGGUAGUCUUGUUCGUGCAUCACUGUUAAUGGAGGUUAAAUGGUAUGGAACAACGAAUGUGUGUAUGCAUGAUGUCGUUCGUGAAAUGGCCUUAUGGAUUGCAACUGAUAUGGGAACACAAAAAGAGGCUUACAUUGUAAGUGCAUGUGCUGGUUUAACUGAAAUGCCAAAGGUUGAGAACUGGAACGUUGUAAGAAGGAUGUCAUUGAUAAAGAAUAAGAUUCACAAUCUUGAUGGCAGUCCUGAAUGUCUCGAACUCACAACCUUGCUACUACAAGAAGCGAAUUUGACAAACAUCUCCAGUGAGUUCUUCAAGUCCAUGCCAAGACUAGUUGUUUUGGAUCUAUCUUACAAUGGAAGUGUCUUUGGAUUGCCAGAUGGAAUAUCACAACUAGUUUCUUUGCAACUUCUCAAUUUGUCAUAUACAAGUAUACGUCAUUUGCCUUUGGGUGUGAAAAAGUUGAAAAAACUCACUCACUUGGAUUUGGAGGAAACAACUAAGCUUUCAAGUAUCACUGGGAUAUUAUCAAGUCUGCAUAAGUUGAAGAUACUGAAUUUAUCUCGUGCUGGUUUUUCAUUGGAUUGCGACGUACUGGAGGAAUUGGAAACCUUGGAACAUUUGGAAAUUUUGACUAUAGACAUCGAUCAUCUUCCAGGUUUGGAGAAAUUUUUGAGCUCUCAUAGGUUAACGUGUUGUACACGAGACCUAACGAUCAGGUGUACGCAUGUGGAAUCAUCUGGAAUAUCACUUCCAGUAACUAUGAACAAGCUUCGUGAAAUGAACAUUAUAUGGUGCAGUAUCUCUGAGAUAAAAAUCAAAAGCAAUACGGUUUCUCCAUUACAUAAUCCGAGAAACACAUGCUUCUUGAGCCUCUCCAAAGUGAUUAUAAUGGAUUGCAAACGCUUGAAGGAACUAACGUUUCUGAUGUUCGCUCCAAAUCUUAGAACUCUCUCCGUAGGAUCAGCAAAUCAACUCGAAGAUAUAAUAAACAAAGAGAAAAGUUGCCAAGGUGAAAAUUCAGGGAUGGUUCCUUUUCGAAAGCUGGUAUCUCUUACGUUGUGUGAUCUACCGAUGCUGAAGAGUAUCUAUUGGAGUCCUCUACCUUUUCCAUGUCUCAAAAGAAUCGAUGUAAUCAGAUGUCCAAAUCUGAAUAAGCUUCCACUCGAUUCCCAAAGUGGCACAAAUGGACUCGUCAUAAGAUACACUGUGAAAGAAUGGAUUGAAUGUGUGGAAUGGGAAGACGAAGCUACCAAAACCCGCUUCUUACUUUCAUGCCUACAUGUCUAAAACUUCUCCUCUUUUCUUAUCUGAUUUUGUAGAAAUCUAUUUUCAGUUUUUUAGCUGCUUCCAUCUUUAAUGCCUCUCUGUGUGAGAGUUCUAAGUAACAUUUGAUAUUUGUUGUAAUGUAGUUUUGUAAGCGUUUGACAAUUUUGAUCUAUAUAAAUAGUUACA